GACUAAAUCAGAUCAGGCUUUAUAUAUUUAUAAAUACUUUACUCUUCGGCAGAUUAGUUUACGAUUCUGGUUUGAAUGUGAUAAUAACGCGUUUUAGUAAAUGUGUAUUGUAUCGUAACUUGACUAAAAUAAGAUAAGAUUAAACAGAAACAUUUACAUUAUGAUAAAACAUUACGAUGAAGUAAGGCAAUAGUAACUAAACCAUUUUAUUAUUUAUGAGAUUCAAGUGUAAAUCUUGCCAGGAUGGAACAUUUCGGUCUUACACAUAUAUUGUACGAGCCAGAUAAAUAUAAUCCGGAUACUUUGGACCUAUUAGUUGACGAAGAAGCAAGAGAAUAUUGGUUAAACACUUGUGAGAAACUUGUUGAGAAAUAUGUAAAUUUUGCCCUGGCUAACACUGAAGACCCUACUGUAGAAAUAAGAGCUCUUAAAUUUAAAACAUGUUACGUAGAAGCGUUGAAGGAAUUAAGAGUAAAUCCGCUGGCACAUGGACAAUUGACAAUACGAUUACUCCUUGAUAUCAAUGAGACAUGCCUUAGAUCUCAGGGAUUCUUUGAUUUAUGGAAACAACAGAAAAAGUAUGAAAAUGAUGGUGCACUGGCAGCUCUUAGUUCUCGAUUAGCAGAAAUUGAUGCCUUAACAGAUGAUCGCCAACGUUGGAUGGAACUAUGUAGAGGAGUUCUAGCAGGUAAUAUGUUUGACUGGGGAGCUCAAGCUGUCACAGAUAUAUUAGAUUGUGGUCUAUAUGAAGCUCUAGAAAAAAUUCAGAAAAGACCAUGGCUAUUUGAUGGGUUAGAUAAAUGGCUUGAAAAGUUAGAGAAAACAAUACAUCACUGUGCAGCAGUAUUUGUGGACAAUAGUGGUGUGGACAUAGUGCUAGGCAUAUUGCCAUUUGUAAGGGCAUUAUUGUUGAGAGGGACAUCUGUAAUAUUAUGUGCCAAUGAAUGGCCAGCCCUCAAUGAUGUUACCAAUGUUGAAUUGGAGGAGUUGUUACAAAGAGCCUCUAUUAUUUGUCCAGUUUUGUCUGCUGCAUUAGCUACUGGUGACUUAGUUGUAAGAUCUAGUGGACAAAGAGGUCCAUGUCUUGAUCUUAGGACAAUCAGUGUUGGUCUUUGCACAGAGAUGAAAGUACGUGGAGUUGACUUAAUUGUAUUAGAAGGAAUGGGAAGAGCAUUGCACACUAAUUUAAAUGCCCGUCUGGCUGUUGACUCAUUAAAACUUGCAGUUGUAAAAAAUGCCUGGUUAGCACAGCGCCUUGGUGGACCACUAUUCUCUGUUAUUUUUAUUUAUGAGGAGAAACCCUCUCAAUCUUAAUUUAUCAUAAAUAUGAUAUUUAAUUUUAAAAAUAUGCGACUCUCCCAGUAUUCUUGUAGAGUAAGCCCAAUUAUUAAUAACAUACCUACUAUUCUUUUGCAUUCAUAUUUUUCGAAUGCCAGACUAUGUGUUGACUUAGUGUUUUUCUGAAUAUAUUGAGUGUUACCCUGAUAGCAUUGUUUUAAUUUAGGCAGGUAGUAUACUACCUGUUACAUAUACAAAUUGGAA